UUGUGUAAUUCUUUGUUUUCUUUUAUUUAUUUGCAUGUUCUCUUUCAUUUCUUUCUCAAUUCUCCUUCAUUUUCUUUCCCUGUUCUCUUUCCUUCACUUACCAUUUUCUUUCAUUUGUUUCUCUGUUGUCUUUCAUUUCGUUUCCCCUACUCAUUCAUUUCAUUCUCUGUUCUUUUUUCUUUCUUUCAUUAUUCAUUUUCAUUUCAUUCUCUCUUCUCUUUCAUUUCUUCCUCUGUGCACUUUCAUUUCUUUCACUGUUCUAUUUCAUUUCUUUCUAUGACCUUCUCCAUUUCUUUGUCUUUUUUGCUCUAUUUCUAUCUCCGUUCUUCUUCCUUUGUUUGUCUGUUCUCUUUCAUUUCUUUCUCUGUCACCUUUCAUUUUUUCAAUGACUUCUUUCAUUUCUUUCCCUAUUAUCUUUCAUUCCUUUCUCCGUUGUCCUUCAUUUAUUUCCCUGUUUUCUUUCAUUUAUUUGCCUGUUCUCUUUCAUUUCUGUCACUGUUUUCUUUCUUUUCUUUCUCUGUUGUCCUUCAUUUCUUUCGUUGUUCUGCUUUCUUUCAUUUGCUUCUCAGUUUGCUGUCAUUUCAUUUUCUGUACUUUUUCAUUUCUUUCAUUGCUCUCUUUAAUUUCAUUCUCUGUUCUCUUACAUUUCUUUCUGUUUCAUUUCAUCCCCUGGCCUCUUUCAUUUCUUUCCCAGUUCUCUUUCAUUUCUUUCAAUGUUCUAUUUUAUUUCUUAUGUAUUUUUAUUCAUUCCUAUCUCAGGUUUUAUUUCUUUCUUUAUCCGUUCACUCCCAUUUCAUUCUCUGUUCUCUUUCAUUUGUUUCUCUUUUCUUUUUCUUUUCUUUCUCCAUUCUCUUUCUUUUCUUUCUCUGUUGUCUUUCAUUUCUUUAUCUGUUCUUUCUCAUUUCUUUCUCCGUUGUCUUUCAUGUAAUUCUAUGUUUUCUUUCAUUUAUUUGCUUGUUUUCUUUUAUUUCUUUCACAGUUGUAUUUCAUUUCUUUUUCGGUUCUCCUUCAUUUUUUUCCAUAUUUUCUUUUCUUUCCUUUGUUGCUUUCUUUCAUUUGUUUCUCUGUAGUCAUUCAUUUCGUUCUCUUUUAUUUCAUUCUCUGUUCUUUCUCGUUUCUUUCAUUGUAUUCUUUCUCUGUACUCUUUCAUUUCUCUGUUCUCUUUCAUUUCAUUCCCUAGUUUAUUUCGUUUCUUUCACUGAUUAUUUUUAUUUCAUUCCCUGUUCUCUUUUAUUUCAUUCUCUGUGCGCUUACUUACUCUAUUCUUUUUCAGUUCUUUCUCUGUUUUAUUUAAUUUCUUUCUCUGAAUUUCAUUUCUUUCUCUGUUCUCUUUCAUUUCAUUCCCCGUUCUCUUUCGUUUCCUUCUCCGUCGUCUUUCACUUAAUUCUCUAUAUUCUUUCAUUUAUUUCAUUUUGUUCUCUUUCAUUUUUCUCUCUGUUUUCUUUCGUUUCUUUCACUGUUCUCUUUCAUUUUUCUCCCUGUGCUCUUUCAUUUAUUUACUCUUUGAUUUUCAUUUAUUUCUUUAUUCUCUUUCAUUUCUUUCUCCUUUUUGUUUCACUUAUUAUCUUUCAUUUCAUUCUCUGUUCCUUUUCAUUUUAUUCAUUUUGCUCUUUCCUUUAUUUCUCUGUUCUUCGUUUCAUUCUCUGGUUUCUUUCAUUUCUUACCCUGUUUUCUUCCAUUUCUUUCUCUGUUUUCUUCCAUUUGUUUUUCUGUACUCUUUCACUUCUGCUCGUUUAUUUCUCUUCCUUUUCCCUUCAAUUUCUCAGCAGUUUUUCAUUUCAUUUUCUGUUCGUUUUCAUUUUUUUUCUUUUCUCUCAUUUCUUUCUCUCAUCUCUUUCAUUUCUUUCUCACUUCUCUCUCCUUUCUUUCUCACUUCUCUUUCCAUUCUCUAUAAUUUCUUUCUUCUUUUUCAGUUUUUCCUGCUUCCUUUCACUUCUUUGUUGUCUAUCAUUUCUUUCUCUGUUCUUUCAUUUUUCUACCUGUUAUCUUUCAUAUUUUUCACUGUUUCUUUCAUUUCUUUCACUGUUCUCUUUUUUUUUCUUGUUCUCCUUCAUUUCUCUCUCUAUGUUGUCUUGUUCUUUUUAUACAUUUCUUUCUAUUUUUUCUUCUUCUGUUGUCUUUCAUUUCUUACUUUCUCUCACUGUUGUCUUACAUUUCUUUUUCCAUUGUUGUUUCUUUCUUUUUUCUUUCUAUACUUUUUUCAGUUCUUGCUUCAUUCUCGUUUAUUUAUCUCACUGUUAUUUCGUUCAUUCUUUCUUUCAGUUUUUCUUUCUUUUGCUUUUUUUCUUUCAAGUUGUUUUUGUUUUCUUAAUCCUUUUCUUUUUCUUCUUUUCUCUUCACUUUUCUUAUUUUUGUCAUUAUCGCUUCUUUCUUUCUUUCUUUCUUUUUUUCUUUCUUUCUUUUGUAGUUUUCUUUUUUAUUCGCUGCCUCAUCAUUUUACAACAUUAUCCUGAACUUUUCUUUUCCCAUUACUUCCUUUUCUUUUUCCCAUUGAAUAUUCUUCUCUCUCACUCAUUCAUUUUCCCUUUCUUUCUCUUCUCAGUUUUAAUCGUUUAUUUAGUUCCUGCAUUAUUUUCGCCAUUUUUUCCAUGA